AUGGCGAGCACCUACGGCUUAUAUAACUUCAGCAAUAUUCGGUAUGCAGCUCCUCCGGUUGGCGAUCUACGAUGGCAGAAACCUGUGGCCCCUGAAAGCAAUCGAGAUCAGGUUCAGAAUGGUUCUGUAGGCAAGGUGUGCCCCGGCGGAUUGCCUUUGUGGGCCGAGCUCACAGUGUCGUGGCUCGACAGCUACACUCACAACACGACUGUCACAGUCUCUUCCAACGUCUCCUCGUAUCCGUAUACUCCACCCCCGCAGGAUGGACGCACUACUGAAGACUGCCUAUUUCUUGAUGUUCUCGUCCCAAAGAAGAUCUUUGAUCGCACAAAGAACAAGACCCCGAAAUUCAAAAAACUGGCGCCAGUGAUGGUGUCGAUCCAUGGCGGAGGUCAGAUAUCGGGUGAAAAGGCCCAACUAGAUGCCUCUGGUCUGAUCAAACGAAGCAUGGAUGAGGGAGAUGGAAUUAUUUUCGUGGAGUUGAACUACCGGGUGAGUAUCAAGAUACCCAUGGAAUAUGAGGCCCCUCAAACGAAUCUAACUUUACUUAAGUUAGGAGCAUUUGGCUGGCUUGCUGGUGAUGUCAAAUCUGAUGGUAUCGCCAAUGCAGGGCUUUACGAUCAACGUUUUGCUUUGAAAUGGGUGUCUGAUAACAUCCAUUUGUUCGGCGGCGACAGAGCCCAAGUAACGGUGAUAGGCGAGUCGGCUGGAGGCAGUUCAAUAAUACACCAGAUCACAGCCUACGGCGGUGCCAAAGGUCCUGCGCCGUUCCAGCGAGCCAUCCUACAGAGUGCAGGCUGGGUUCCUGUCAUCACCGAAAAGCAGCAAGAUGACACAUUGAACCAAUUUCUGUCUCUUCUUGGAGUUACCACCAUCCAAGAUGCCCGGAAACUAUCAGCUGAUAAGUUGAUCGCGGCCAAUGCAUACCAGGUGUAUUACUCUUUUUGGGGACAGUUCACCUACGGCCCUGUUGUGGAUCAUAGCUUCGUUCCUACCUUUCCGUGGAGACUUCUGUUGGAAAACAAGUUCGAUCAUGACGUCAAAAUUAUGAUUGGUUAUAAUUCGCAUGAAGGGCUACUCUUUACCUCGCCGGACAGCCGUAAUAGCAGUGCCUUCGAAGAUUUCGUGCUCGCUGCAUCUCCAAGUAUCCCGGUGGAAAUUGCCGAAUAUAUCGCAAAUUUUGUCUAUCCGCCGAUCUAUGAUGGCUCGUACGGGUAUACAGAGCCAGUUCAGCGGGUUGCUCUUUUCGUUCAGGAGUGGGCACUGGUCUGCAACGAUGACUAUCUACGCCGAGCAUAUCACGACAAGACCUACGCGUAUAUGUUCAGCAUCCCACCUGGCCUCCAUGGUCAGGAUGUUCCAUACACUUUCUACGAGCAAGGAUCGACCCUCACAAGCAUUCUCUUUGGAAUUCCUGUAUCUAAUGUCACCGUGGCGUUGGCGAUGCAGGAUUGGUUCACCAGCUUUGCUCAGCAGGGUGAGCCUGAGUCUGAUUUGGCACCUGAAUUCCCCCAACAUGGUCCGCAUGCACGGCUCAUGGACAUUCAACAGAACAAUUUCAAGAUUAUCCACGAUCCGACUGACAACUCACGCUGUCGAUUCUGGCAGACUGUGCCGUAUACUGAGUGA